AUGAGUCGCAGCCCGGAGCGCAUCUCCUCAUACAGGAGACACUUUGAAGGAGCGCUCGCCUCCUCUUCCUCCACUUCUGCCUCCACCUGCCACAUACGGGUCUCCAGUCCGAGUCCACGUAGACGCGAAACCCGCCACCGGUCCGCCAGCUACACCCGCAGCGCACGCAGGGCUCAGUCUGGCACCCGUAGCGUGCGCCUCACCGGCAGCGUGAGUUUGAACGCUCUGUGUAUCGGUAUGGGAGGCGCACUAGAUCUGGAAGCAGCUUCUGCUGCCAAUCAGGAUUACCUAAACACGCGCACCAGCGAGAGACAUGAGAUGAUCACCCUCAAUGACCGCCUGGCUGUCUACAUCGAGAAGGUGCGCUCUCUGGAGCAGCAAAACAAACUGCUUGAGACUGAGAUCGAAGCCCUGAAGGGCCGCUAUGUGAAGCCUUCGGGCUUGCGCAUGAUGUAUGAGGAGCAGUUGAGAGAACUUAGGAGGGUUGCUGACCAGAUGAGAGUCCAAAGGGACCUUGCUGUCGCUGCUAAGGAGGCCAUGGUGACACAGCUGGAGAUGGUCAAGGCCAAGUAUGAAGAGGCACUGGAAGCCAGGAAAAAGGCUGAACAGGACAUUGAAGUUUUCAAGCCUGAUGUUGAUGCUGCCACUGCUGUCCGCAUUGCUCUGGAGAAACAGCUUGAGAACCUGGAGGGAGAGAUGGAGUUCCUUCAGAGAAUUCACAAACAGGAAAUUGAAGAACUGAUGGCUCAGAUUUAUGAAACCGUGGCAAAAGUUGAUGUGGCCUUUGCUCUUCCUGACCUCGCAUCCGCCCUCAAAGAGAUCCAGUCCCAGUACGACUGCAUCGCUGCACGGAACCUGCAGGAAAUGGAUGCCUGGUAUAAGACGAAAUUCCAGGACUUGAACACGGCAUCAACACGACACGUGGAAUCUGUACGGGGAAUUAGGGAAGAAGUCGUGAGCCACAAGAAGGACAUUCAGUAUAAGCAGCAAGAACUGGAUGCUCUUAACACCAGGUAUGAAACUUUGUUAGCUCAGAUUCGUGACAAUCAAGAGAAAUACAAGAAGACGGAAGAGGAUUUACAGGCCCGUAUUGAGGCCCUGAAGUUGGAUAUGAAGACUGUGAAAGAGAAGAUCGCUCUGCUGCUAAAAGAAUAUCAGGAUCUCCUCAAUGUCAAGAUGGCUCUCGAGAUCGAGAUCGCAACCUACAGGAAGUUGAUCGAGGGCGAGGACACCCGUUUAUCAGCAACGGUGCAAGGCAUGUCUCUGCUGAGCAUCAGCACCUCUGGGGUGAGGGUGAGUGGAGCCUUGGCUGAAGUGACUGCUGGAGCAGCUGCCGUGUCCUCAAAGCCACCGCCGCCAUCUUCAAACAGCCAGCAGGAAACCACGGAGGAGUUCUCCCAGGAGCAGGCCGUGGAAGUGACCGAGAGGAAGACCGUCCUCAUCAGAACAGUUAAGACAGAUGAAGACAGCAUCCAGAGAGACACACAGGAGCGUACCAUCACCAUCUCCGGAGCAGCAGAUGACACCGAGGAGUAGCCCGAGAUCACACUGAAUCAUGUGACCUUGGAGGAUAUCACUCAACCAUAUUUUUCAUUUCUCCCCUCCACUAGUACAUAAUUAUAACAUCCAAAGAUCAUUUAUAACUAGCUUCAUUAUUAUUAAAGGAUCUUUACAAUUCCAUAUCAAGAUUUCCCAGAGAUAAAAUAUCCUCGUUCUACCUUGUAAUUGUACACAAAGGAGAGAUUACAAAUGUAAUGCUCAUAUCCCAUACAUAAAGCUCAUC